GGAAGUCGCUAUCUCAACAGAUGAAAAGAUGGACUCCGCGUCUUGACUUGGAGACCGGCGGGAGUGGAACACGGCGGACCUUGGUGUGCAGCGCCAAGCAGAUUGACGACCUGUAGAGGCGUCAAAAUGCUUAACUUGCACGUCGCUUCCCCUCAUGGAUUGCGAGACAUCAGACUGGUAUCGUGCAAAGGCCGGAGAGAGAAAUUAAUCCGUGCAAUUGCCCAUCGUUCCCCACUCGGGCGAAGAAGUAAGAUAUGCCUUAAGGCAAGUGCACCUGGUGGAUCAUCUGGAGUGCAACCGGAGGACGAUGAGCUGGCAAAGCUCCGAUAUGAAAAUGAGGAACUGCGCGCGGCUGUGGCAAGAGUGCUGAGCCAGCUGAGCCCAGAAGUACAGGACAAAUUCAAUGAACAGCACAGCAGUCUGCGUGUCAGUGCUGCGGCAAUCGGAGAAGAGCUUCCAGCAAUCUCUUCGGUCGGGGUAUUGGAGGAGGCCCCACUUGCUACAGAAGCUCAGGAAGGGGUGGCUGGACCAGCCAGUGAGAACAUUGGCGAGGAGUCACCUGCUGAGGAGGCAAGCCCGCUGGAUGUGCUGGAAAGUGCUGCUGAGGAACCCACUGGUGCAAAAGAAGCAGAUGAGCCUGUUGCACCGGUUGAGGAAGCCUCUGAGGCUGGAGAGGUGGCUGCUCCAGAAAAGGGCUGGAAGCUGACUCCUGAGGGCGAUGCAGCCAUCCUGCAAGGUGAAGAUGAGACGAUUACCUUCUCCUUCGGGUCGCUGGUGGACAAGCUGAAGAGGAAACUCACGGCGUCAGCGUCCCCAUUCAGUGGCAGGAAGACCAGCAAUGCUGGGCUGGCUGCGGCCCCACCGCCAGCACCAAUGCCCAAGACCGGCCUGUCCGCGCCCUCAAAGGGCCCCUCCGUGCAGCGCAUGCAGGCCAUGAGCGAUGAGCGUGCAGAGUCAGAGGGGGCAAGGGGCGGGAGCGCCAAGGCAGCCACUGUCGUGGUGGAGCACCCAAAGAGCUCCCAGGAGGACAUAAUUGCGCGCGACACUGGGGCGGGCGCAGAGACAGAGCCUCUGCAGACCAGCCACCAGACUACAGCAGGAGGGAAUAUCGAAAUGGAUGAGGACAUGGCAAAGGAGGCGAGGCAGUAUGGAGGCGGCCAGGACAAUGACCCCUUGCAGCCCCCACGCUCUGCUGAAAAUGCUGCAGGGCUAUUAGAGGCAGCUGCAGCCAGCGGCCGGAAGGAGCUUGCGCAGGAGAAGGAACAGGCAGAGGCCGGGACCAGCAGCCGCCCUGCGGAUGUCCAUGCUUCAGCGGCCAAGCUGGUGAAGGGCAAGGAGCACUGGCUGUAUUUCGUCUACCCUGAGAGGCCAGUCGCUGGGGCUGACGUGGCGGUGUACUUCAACAACAAUGUAUCCGACAUUCUCAGGGAGAGGCCGAGGCGGCAAAUACACGUGAAGUUCAACAACUGGGAGUUGGAGGGCAAGAAUGGGUGCUGGUUUGAUUUGGAGCAGACAGAUGCACCGCAUGACUUUGGUGCCGACUGGUGGAGGGUGAUUGUGAAGGUGCCGGAGGAUGCCUUUGAGAUGAACUAUAUUUUCACCGACGGAGAGGGCGCGACUGACAACAACAUGGGCCAGAACUACCUGACCAUGCUUGACAGCGUUAUGACACCGGAGCUCUGGGCAGAGCGUGCCAUGGAUCGCCUGGUGGCGGCAGAGAAGAAGAGGAAGGAGGAGGAGGCGGCUUCCAGGGAAGCUGCCGAGAAGGAGCGGAGGGAACGCGAGGAGGCCGACGACCGCACAGCUGCCAAACAGCGCGCCGCCGACCUGUGCGACAGCGUUGCCUACCACCGCCAAGGUGCUGUGACACAGCUGGAGCGGUCUCCAGGGCAGGUGACGUGGUGCACGGUUCCGGAGGGGCUGGUGCCGGGGAAGAGGGCAAAGCUGCUCUACAACGCCAGCGCCGGACCCCUGGCCUUCAUGACUCCCCUCCCCUCCGCGCCCUGUGUCGAGAUCAUCAUGGAGAAGGCAACAGGCGUGAGCGAGGAGGGCGACUGGUGGGCGGCGGAGUUUGAUGUCUUUCCUGACGCGGCCGUGAUCAACUUUGUUGUCAAGUACUACGAGCACUUCGACAACAAUGAGGGACAGGACUUCAAGGCUCUAGUGGAGCUGGAUGCUGGCGGAGGGUCGCUGAAUGACUUCCAAGAGAGGAAGUUUGACGAGAUCUACCACAACCUUAGGCAGCAGCGAAAGGAGCUGGAGGACGAGUGGGUGCGCAGAGAAACCAAGCGCACAGAAAUACGCUCAAUCGCUAAGGCGAAAGCGAUGGCGGUACUGCGGCGGCAGAUGAAGCACGUGCUGUUCACAGAGCCUGCUGAGAUCCAGGCCGGCCAGGAUGUCACUAUCUACUACAACCCCCAGGACACACCCCUCUCCGGCUGUGCAGAGGUCUACCUCUCGGGCGGCUGGAACAGGUGGUCGCACCUGAAGAAGUUUGGGCCCCUGAAGAUGACGGUGCCAGACGGCGAGGGGCAGCACUUCAGCGCGACGGUGGCCGUGCCCAAAAACGCGCACUCCAUCGACUUUGUGCUCAGCAACGUGCCCGAGGGAGAGGGCAUCUAUGACAACCGCGGCGGCCUUGACUACCACCUCCCUGUGGAGGGCUCAGAGCUGACGCCGCCGGGGUUGCAUGUGGUGCACGUGGCGGUGGAGAUGGCGCCCAUCUGCAAGGUGGGGGGCCUGGGCGACGUGGUCACAGCGCUCGGCCGCGCGGUGCAGGAACUCGGUCACCAGGUCGAGGUCAUCCUGCCCCGGUACGACUUCUUCCUGCAGUCACCGCUGCUGGGCGCGACGCAGUUCGAGACGGAAUUUGACUGGGGCGGCACGCACAUCUGGGUCAGCACGUGCGUGGUGCAGGGCCUGCGCUGCUUCUUCAUCGAGCCCGCCAACGGCUUCUUCGCCGUCAACUCCGCGGCGCUGGAGUUCCUGCUGCAGACGGGCAGGCAGCCGGACAUUCUGCACUGCCACGAUUGGAGCACGGCCGGGACAGCGCAGGCAUACUGGGACAGCUACAACCAAUUCGGCCUGUGGCGCCCCAAGGUUGUCUUCACCAUCCACAACGCUGAGUACGGCCUCGACCGCAUCGGCUCCGCCGCGUACUACUCCCAGCGCUUCACCACCGUCUCCCCCACCUACGCCUUUGAGAUUGGCGGCAUUCCGGCGAUAGCGGCGCACGCAGCCAAGUUCAUGGGCAUCCGUAACGGCAUUGACGUGGACAUCUGGGACCCGGAGAACGAUGAGCUGCUGCCGCGGGCGUACAACGCGGAGAGCGUGGUGGAAGGCAAGGCCGCCGCGCGCGAGACGCUGCGAUACCGCCUCGGCCUCACCGGCUGGGGCGACAAGCCCAUGGUCGGCGUCGUCACCCGCCUCACCGAGCAGAAGGGCCUGCACCUGAUCAAGCACUGCGCCUGGCGGACACUGGAGCGGGGCGGCCAGUUUGUCCUGCUGGGCUCCGCGCCAGACCCCAAAAUCCAGGCCCAGUUCAAUGCCCUGGCAGCAAGCCUGGGGGGCGAGAAUGCACACUUUGCCUUCUCCUACGAUGAGUCGCUGUCUCACCUCAUCUACGCCGCCUGUGACAUCAUCGCUGUCCCCUCCAUGUUCGAGCCCUGCGGCCUCACCCAGCUGAUCGCGAUGCGAUACGGAAGCGUGCCAGUGGUGCGGUCGACGGGCGGCCUGCGCGACACGGUGUUUGACGUGGACGUGGACAAGGCUCGUGCCGCAUGGGAACUGGAAGGCUCCUCCGACUGGGAACGCGACGCCCUCGACUCCACCAACGGCUUCGCCUUUGAGGGCACGGAUGGGGGCGCGUUGGACUAUGCGCUGAACCGGGCGCUGGACGCGUACUACAAAGAUCGCGCCUGGUUCUACGGCCUGGCCGCUCGCAUCAUGCGCCAGGACUGGUCCUGGAACCGCCCCGCCCUCGACUAUAUCGAGCUCUACUACCAGGCCAUGAAGUGACACGACCUGAGGCUUUGCGACAGAAUGUCUUGGGUGGAGAAUUUCUUGCAGUGACGACCAACUCAGCCCAGGUCUUGACUAUACUCUUGCAGACCCAGUGCAGGAGAUGCAAUAUAAUGUGCUGGUUUGUGUUUGCGGCAGCAGCAGGGUUGAGCUUUCAGGCUGUGCCUGAGACUUGCAGUCGCCUUUGCAGCAUCAUCGAUAUACUUGAGAAGAGAGUGCGUUAUGAGAGAUCGGCCUGAGACACUGAGUGAAAGAGGUGUAGGAUUUCUGUGGUCGAGUGUGGAUUGCCGUGCGGCAACCAGCAAAGGACCACAGGCUAUUUGCAGCAAAUAAAUGUUAUUGAGAGGGUUUGAGAACCAGUCAAAAACGCAGUCGGAUGAUCAUUGUACGCAAAGCAGAGGUGCUGCAACUUUACACACAUCCUGAAGUGUUGAGACUGUGCGCACUGUUGGAAGGAAGAAACUUCUGAUGUAAUAUGGGCAGUG